AUGGUUCAAUCCGCCGUUCUCGGUUUCCCUCGUAUGGGAAAGCUCCGUGACCUCAAGAAGGCCACUGAGGCUUACUGGAGUGACAAGAUCUCUCGCGAUGAGCUUCUGAGCGAGGGAAAGAGACUGCGUCUGGAGCACUGGAAGAUCCAGAAGGACGCUGGCGUCGACAUCAUCCCCAGCAAUGACUUUGCUUUCUAUGAUCAGGUCUUGGACCACAUCCAGCUGUUCGGUGUCAUCCCUGAGCGUUACACCCAGUACAACCUUCACUCCCUUGACGAAUACUUUGCCAUGGGACGCGGUCUCCAGAAGCCCGCCAAGGAUGGCCAGGCCGCCAUCGACGUCCCUUCUCUCGAAAUGGUCAAGUGGUUUGACUCUAACUACCACUACGUCAAGCCUACCCUUCAGGACAACCAGACCUUCAAGCUGGCUGAGAACCCUAAGCCUGUUGCUGAGUUCCUUGAGGCCAAGGAGGCCGGCAUCAUCACCCGCCCUGUCAUCCUGGGUCCCGUCUCUUUCUUGACCCUCGCCAAGGCCGACCGUGGCCAGUCUGUUGACCCCAUCACCAAGAUCGAUGAGCUCCUCCCCGUCUACGUCGAGCUCCUUACCAAGCUGAAGGAGGCUGGUGUUGAGGAUGUUCAGAUUGAUGAGCCCGUCCUUGUCUUUGACCUGCCCCUCAAGUCCAAGGCUGCUUUCAAGCCGGUUUACGAGAAGCUCGGCUCCCUUGGUGCCCAGGCUCCUCGCCUUGUUCUCGCCACCUACUUCGGUGACAUCGUCCACAACAUUGAUGUCCUCCCUGCCCUUCAGAGCCUCUACGGUAUCCACAUCGACCUGGUCCGCAACCCCGAGCAGCUUGACUCUGUGGUCAAUGCUCUUGGCCCCAACCAGGUUCUCUCUGCUGGUGUUGUUGAUGGCCGUAACAUCUGGAAGACAAACUUCAAGACUGCCAUUGAGAAGGUUGAGCUUGCCAUUCAGCGCCUCGGCAAGGAGCGUGUCAUUGUCUCCACCUCCAGCUCCCUCCUCCACGUUCCCCACACUCUCGCCAACGAGAAGAACCUCGACCCUGAGGUCCACGACUGGUUCAGCUUUGCCGUCGAGAAGACCAGUGAAGUCGUCGUGAUUGCCAAGGCUGUCACCGACGGCCCCGCUGCUGUCCGUGAGCAGCUCGAGGCCAACGCCAAGUCUGUUCAGGCUCGUGCCUCCUCCAAGCGUACCAACGAUCCCAAGGUCAAGGAGCGCCAGGCCGCCGUCACCCCUGAGCAGCACAACCGCAAGUCUCCCUUCCCUGUCCGUCUUGCUGAGCAGACCAAGUCCAUCAACCUUCCUCUCUUCCCCACCACUACCAUCGGAUCCUUCCCUCAGACCAAGGAGAUCCGUAUCCAGCGUAACAAGUUCACCAAGGGUGAGAUUACCGCUGAGGAGUACGAGAAGUUCAUUGAGAGCGAGAUCCAGGAUGUUGUCAAGAUCCAGGAGGAGCUUGGCCUCGACGUCUUCGUCCACGGUGAGCCUGAGCGUAACGACAUGGUUCAGUACUUCGGUGAGCGUCUUACCGGUUAUGUCUUCACCACCCACGCCUGGGUUCAGAGUUACGGAUCCCGUUGCGUGCGUCCUCCCAUCAUUGUCGGUGACAUCUCUCGUCCCGCCCCUAUGACGGUCAAGGAAUCCAAGUACGCCGUGUCGAUCUCCUCCAAGCCCAUGAAGGGUAUGCUUACCGGACCCAUCACCUGUCUCCGCUGGUCCUUCCCUCGUGAUGAUGUCCACCAGUCUGUGCAGGCUCAGCAGCUGGCUCUGGCUCUCCGUGAUGAGGUUGUCGACCUCGAGGAGGCCGGUGUCAAGGUCAUCCAGGUCGACGAGCCUGCCCUCCGUGAGGGUCUUCCUCUCCGUGCUGGCAAGGAGCGUGAGGACUACCUCCAGUGGGCUGUUGCCGCCUUCCGUCUGUCCACCAGCGGUGUCACCGACGGCACUCAGAUCCACUCUCACUUCUGCUACUCGGAGUUCCAGGACUUCUUCCACGCCAUCGCUGCUCUGGAUGCCGAUGUUCUGUCCAUCGAGAACAGCAAGUCUGACGCCAAGCUCCUCAAGGUCUUCAUCGAUGAGGCCUACCCCCGCCACAUUGGUCCCGGUGUCUACGAUAUCCACUCUCCUCGUGUCCCCAGCGAGCAGGAGAUCAAGGACCGUGUCGAUGAGAUGCUUACCUUCCUGCGUCCCGACCAGCUCUGGAUCAACCCCGACUGCGGUCUGAAGACCCGCCAGUGGCCCGAGACCAAGGCUGCUCUGACCAACAUGGUCAACGCUGCCAAGUACUUCCGCGAGAAGUACGCCAAAUAA